GUGGAGGCGGAAGUGCCCUCUAGGAGACUCGCUCACACGCCCUGGGAGUCAGUCACUUGUCAGCGCUGACCCGCGCCUGAGACAGCGCAGCUCCUGCCCUCUAGGUGCUUUUAUUACCUGAAAGUAGACUUUGAACCGCAAGAACCAUGAGCAACUACAGCAUAUCCUUGGUUGGCCCAGCUCCUUGGGGCUUUCGACUUCAAGGCGGCAAGGACUUCAACAUGCCUUUGACCAUCUCUAGUCUAAAGGAUGGUGGUAAAGCAUCUCAAGCCCAUGUGAAAAUAGGAGAUGUGGUUCUCAGCAUUGAUGGGAUAAGUGCUCACGGAAUGACGCAUCUUGAAGCCCAGAACAAGAUUAAGGCUUGUACAGACACUUUGAACAUGACUCUGCAAAGGGCAUCUACUACACCAAAGCCUGAACCUAUUUCCGUUCAGAAGGGAGAACCCAAAGAAGUAGUUAAGCCUGUACCUAUCACAUCCUCUGCUGUGCCCAAAGUCACUUCCACAUCCAACUUGGCCUACAAUAAGGCACCACGGCCUUUUGGGGUUGUAUCUUCUCCAAAAGUCACCUCCAUCCCAUCACCAUCAUCUGCCUUCACCCCAGCUCAUGCGACCUCUUCAUCACACGCUUCCCCUCCGCCAGUGACUGCUGUCACAUCUCCCCCAUUUGCUGCAUCUGGACUGCAUGCUAAUGCCAAAUCUAGCGCCGACCAGCCUUUACCUGCCUCGAGCUCUGUUAAAACUGCAGUUAAUGUCCCAUGGCAGCCCACAGCCACGAGCCCGUAUGCCAGCGACACUGCCCAGGAGCUAGCUGAGGGGCAGAGAAGAGGAUCCCAGGCUGACAGUAAACAGCAAAAUGGACCACCAAGGAAGCACAUUGUGGAACGUUAUACAGAGUUUUACCACAUACCCACUCAUAGUGAUGCAAGCAAAAAGCGAUUGAUUGAGGAUACUGAAGACUGGCAUCCAAGGACAGGAACCACACAGUCCCGUUCUUUCCGGAUCCUGGCUCAGAUCACCGGCACUGAACACCUGAAAGAGUCAGACAGUGAUAAUACAAAGAAGACAAACAAUAUUCAGGACCCCUACCAGCCUGCAUCUUCUUCAGUGGCCUCAGCGAGGAACGUGUCCCAGGGCCCAGAAAGUCCUGUUGCUUCUAAGCCUGGAGUGGCCAGCCUCACUACUGCAGCAGCUUUCAAACCUUCAGGAUCCACAAAUGUCAUCAAAUCACCAAAUUGGCAGCGUCAGAACCUAGCAGCUCCAUCAACUGGGAGAAUUUCAAACAACGUUACUCCAUCUGGAGCAACUGCGCCAACUAGCCCAGGCCAGCCUCAGCUGAAUGAACAGGACACUUAUGUGCAGAGAGCUGAGCACAUUCCAGCAGGGAAACGCACUCCCAUGUGUGCCCAGUGCAACCAGGUCAUCAGAGGACCUUUCCUAGUGGCGUUGGGAAAAUCCUGGCAUCCAGAAGAGUUUAACUGUGCCCACUGCAAAAACACCAUGGCUUACAUUGGAUUUGUGGAGGAGAAGGGAGCCCUGUACUGUGAGCUGUGCUAUGAGAAAUUCUUUGCCCCUGAAUGUGUUCGCUGCCAAAGGAAGAUCCUGGGAGAAGUCAUCAAUGCUUUGAAACAGACUUGGCAUGUUUCCUGUUUUGUGUGUGUGGCCUGCAAUAAGCCCAUUCGAAACAAUGUUUUCCACUUGGAAGAUGGUGAUCCCUACUGUGAAACGGAUUACUAUGCUCUAUUUGGUACCAUAUGCCAUGGAUGUGAAUUUCCCAUAGAAGCUGGUGAUCUGUUUCUGGAAGCUCUGGGUCAUACCUGGCAUGAUACAUGCUUUGUGUGUUCAGUAUGUUCUGACAGUUUGGAAGGGCAGACCUUUUUCUCCAAGAAGGAUAAACCACUGUGCAAGAAACAUGCUCAUUCUCUGAAUUUCUGAAAAGAAAUGACAUAAUGAGAAAGAAGAAAAAAAAUGAAGAGUGAAAAGAAGAUGGAUUGUACUAGUAGCUAAUUUUUCAUAGGCUAAUAUUCAUAUCACUUUGAAAAAAUAUGCAGAAAGGAUAAAUUUUUAUACAUUUGUAUGGAAAUAUUUGGACAUGUAAAAUAGAGAGAGGGAGAUGGCAUAGAAACUCAAGGUUUUUCAAGGCAUUUUCUGCCCAUAAAAUAGCUGUCAGGCCUGUAUUAACUAGCGAAUAUUGUUCAUCUUGAAAGAACUGGAUGAAGAAUUUUUUUUUUUUUGGUGAAUGGUGUUCUUUAUGCUGAGACCUCAACACAUGCUCCUCUCCCUCCCCCCAGUCAAUGCAAGAUCGCAAUCAAUUUAUAGAUGGAUGUUGAGUAAAUCUGGGGAAAAAAUCUAUAAAAAUGCCUCAGAUGUUCCCAUCUGUAUGAGAAAUUUAAAAAUGAGACUUCUUCCUCAAGUUAAAUGAAAAUUUCAUUAGGUGAUAGGUGCCAAUCUUUUUUUUUUUUUUUAACUUUCUGUGUAGCUAUGCUAAAAACUGAUCACUUAUGGAAAGAAAUGCCAAAGGAAUUUUGGAUGCAAAAUGUGCAAAUGUUUUAAGUGAUGUAUUAAUGAGGAAAGCCUUUUCCCCUCAUGCAAGCAUCUAUUGGAACUCAUACAUAAACUAUGUAGGUUAACCUUUUAGUAACAUGAGACCAUCUGGUAUUCAUUAUAUGCAUCUUUCUACUGGUACUGUGUUCUACUCUUAGCCUUCCCUUUUCCCCAAGAGUAGAAUAUGACAAGAAAAAAAAAAGUGAAUGGUCAGAAAGUUGAGCCUUUCUCCCUUUAAAGGGGUUGGGGAGGUAAAGAAAGAGAGGGAGAAGAGAGAGGGGGAGAGAGAGAGAGAGCUUUUGCAAACCUUCAGGCACUGCAUAAAUGACAGUUGCUAUCUUAUUAAAUUUUGGAAGGUUACGUACAGCAUUGGUACAAAUCAAUUAGCAGAAGAACUAGUUUUGGGUCACAUCAACACCUUUUCAAAAAUAUGCUCUCUCAUUUAGUGGCCACAUUCAAAUUUUUUUUAAACUUUCUGUGUAGCUGUGCUAAGAACAUUAUUUUUGGAAAGAAAUUCUGAGGAAAGAUUUUAAGUCAGUGGAUUUUAUCUAAAAGAAAAUCUACACUUUCUAGAUUGAUAAAUCAGAGCAACUUGUGAGAGUUUGAUUGGUUGAAGGAUAAAGAGCUUUACUUGGACACAAGAUUUUUCUGUAAUUACAGAUUUGGAAAUUAAUUAGAAUAUAGAGAAACAUCAUUUUUGAAAUGUGAUAAAAAUAUAUCCUGUGUUCUUUGAUUGUUGAGGGUUAAAAGUAGCAAUAAGUGAAGCUCUUUUCAAAUUAAAUGCAAAAACAUUUCAUUUGAGAGUUUUGUGAUAUUAAGGAUGGAGAAGUGAUGACUUAUUGGCACAUUAUUUGCUUUCCAUAUUUAGUGAUUAAAAUUAUGCGUAGAUCUAGGGAGAGAGAAAUCAUGAUCAUAUUAGUUGGGUGUCCCAAAAGUCUUAAUGCAGUUUAAAACUCAAAGCUUUAAACUGCCUUAAGAUUUUCAGGACACUGUAUAUAUUAGCUCAGCAACAAAGAUGCCGGGCAUUUAAUGGUUUUUUAGUUUAGUUCAGUUUUUUUUUUCUCUUGUGUGUUUCUAGCGAACAGAGGGAAGGUCAGUGUGUGCUUCCUCAUGGUUCUAAGUUUUCAUUUUAGACUUGUGGGGCAAGAUGUUUCUCUAAAGGGAUGGGAGCGUCCAGUCCCUCCCCGGGCCCAUCACUCACUCCCUUGCCUCCCUUCCAUUGUGAGCCUGUUUGUUCAGGAGUAAAGGUUGAAACUGCCCUCUUUGUUUAAACUCCUGAACUCGAAAGGCAGCUGUGCUGACAGGCUGUUAAUUUAUGGUCUUAACCAAUUUAUGUUAUAUGUGGAUUAUAAUUAAUUGAAACAAAUCAGAAGCGGGAGAUGUUGCGGGUUCUUAGUAUCUAGGAAGGGGCGAGCGCGCCCUGGGGACUCAGCCGGCUUCUCCAGCGCUCUCGGCUGCUGCGCACCUGCACGGGGGCCUCUGGGACAUCCUGCCUCCCACAAAGUCUGCAGCUUGGGAGCAGUUCAAAAUGGGUUUCUGACCUGCUUUGCUGUGCGCUGGGUCCUUUUUCUGCUCCCUCUUUUGUUUGUUUUAGGACUACGUGCCAAGAUCUUAUUCAGUAGUCUAUGACAUUUGUGUACUUGGUAAGAAUUCUUGCCUGGAAUUUGGCUGAAGUUAUCAUACUUUAAGGACUUUUUUUUUUCUUAAUUAAAGAAGUAUCCUUCCCUUCCCCCACCCCCACCCCACAUUCCUUGGAGAUCAGGUCGUUGUAUUUCCCCUAACGUCCAUUCUUCCUGCCAGGGGAGAAGCUGCUGCCGAAUUUAUAAUUCUCUUUUUGUGCUUUGUCUCUCUAGUAACUGAGUAGUUAGAAAUGUCAGAUUAUUGGCAAAUCGCUAAUCCCAUGAAAAUAAGUUCUGUCUACUGCUCAUAAACCAGAAGGAUUUGUGUAUUUUCUCCUAAGAAAGGGUAGAUCUUAAUACACGAGGGUUAAUCUUUUAAUACCAGGCUGAGCACUUUAUUGUCCGGGUUAUCUCCCUGAGUAUUUAUUGUUCUGGUUAUAGAUAGCUCCUAGUUCAAAACAGCCUUCUCUGUUUUUGCUGCUUCUGUGCCGUUCAUUUAUUUUCAAGCUCUCUUGAUGUAUAUUUUUGGAUGCCAGAUUUGUAGCACAAUUUAACAAUGUACCAUAUGGCCCUAGAUAGUGACUAAUCACUGGGAAUUUUCGAAGUUCCAUGAUUAAAAUUACUGAUCUAGGCUUACCCAGUAUUUUAGUAGGCCUCUAAGGGUCAAAUCCUGUCCUCCAAAGUAUAGUGGGUGUUGCUACCAGAAGCCUAAUUUAAAAAAUUCGUACCUUCAUUUGUGCAUUUAAAUGCCCUAAAUUUCAGGUUCCCCAAGAAGCUCCCUCUCCUCUCCUGCCCAUAAUCCCUGAUGGUUCAGACUUCAUAUUAAAGCCUAGGACUAAACUAAACUGUAACUCUGAGAAAUGUUAGGGUAUGAGCUCAAAUUAAGACAAUAGGCUUUGAAUAAAAAAUUAUUCACGCAGCAUUAUCUAUAAAAUUAUUUAUAAUGAGAAUAUAUUAAUAUACAGAUUUUCAACAGGUGAGGUACUCUAGCUAUAUUCAUUAUGCACACUGCCUCCAAGGAACUUUCCCUGUCUUUGCUCUUGCGUGAACUUAGAUGUAAUUAGAACAAGCUGCCCAUAUUAGUGUGGAGUAAAUGUCUCAGUACAUGUAAUUUGGAAUGCAGUUUCCUCAGUUACUUUAGGAAGACAGCUUUGCAGGCAUAUAAAAAUAAGGAAAAAUACACAAAUUGGUAGAAAAAAAUUACUGCACCAUCAAUUUUAUUUCUGCUUGAUUUGUUUAAAAGGUUUGAGAUUUCCAGUGUGUCUUUUUGUUUCUCUAUUAACCUCUAACUUUUGCUUCUUUCUGAUUAUGUUUCUAAAAAACUGUAUUCUAAUCAGUUUUGCUUUUGGAUAAGUAUCCUAAUGAAAAGGCAUAUAAACAGCAUGCUGAGCAAAACAAUGCCUUUAUGUACAUACAAAUAAUAAAUAGCUUCAUAAUAAAUAGGUGUGGUGUUUCAGAA